AUGUCAAAUGGAUACGGGUCAGGGUAUUUGGCAGCUCUACCUUCGUUCCAUAUCCGCUUGAGUAUGCAAAACUGUGGACGGCGCAUCAAGUUCUAUCCUAUCCUAAGGGCUUGUUCUUUGUUGCUCGGGGUUCAUCCGAUAAAUUCCGUCACUGUUUUACUUCUGCGCCGAUUUUUAGCUGGCCCGUGGGGCUUGGGCUCAGUAGGUUUUCUACAGCGAUUGCCGUCGUGCUUAAUCGUUUGCGUAGUUGUAGGUGCCUGGCCGUUGUGCUUCAGGUUUCUCGCUCGGGUAAUUAAGUGGAAUUAUGGCGCGAGUAGUAGACCCAGGUAACAACAAAAAAGUCAUUCAUUCUAGACCAUGACGAAUGAGUGAGUGAAUUGCUCGCAGUGUUUGUGCUGAAGAAUUGACUCGUGUCCAAGGGAUUAUCAUCAUCAU